AUGGCAGGCAGGUGCAAAGGCCAGCUGUCGCAGGAGGAGGGAGAGAUCUUGCGACUCGUUCGGGAAGCAGCCGAUACGAUGUUUCGAGGUACUGCCAAGCUGGCGGGCUCAUAUGCUGAGGGCACAGCUGUGGCUGGAGUCUCUGACUUGGACAUUUGGGUAUCCACCCCCUCGCCGGUUUCGAGAGGAGGCCGGGUUGAGUUCAGGGACUUUUUGGUGCAGGAAUUGGAAGAUUCUGAUUUCAGGCUGGAGAGUCCAUGCACUAUAGGACGGAAGGCAAUUAGAUUGGCGCUGUCGAAGAACCGAAAGGAAGCUACCGUGGACGUGGUCUGCGAAAACAUGAUCAUCGAUUGCGGCUUUGACGAGCAAGACUUCGGGCGGGUGACGCAAUGCAUCAGCCGCUUGGAAGCGCAGGAGAAGUCCACGAGGCACUUGCAUUCGUGCGCCAUGUCCCAAGAAGCGGUGAGGAUGGUGAAGGCUUUUUGCACCCGGGAGAAGGACGGUAAGCUUCAGACGGUGCCGGGGUACUUGCUGAAUCACAUGUCUUGGCGGAUCUUAGACUACAUUGACUGUCAGACGUCCCUGGAGCUGUUCGAGAACAUGGUGGAGGCGCUUUUCUAUGGGAUGAAUGUCGAUGCUUGCGAUCCCCGGAAUUGUUGGCAUGAUUGGAAUAGACAGCACGAGCAAUUGCACAAAGAUCUGGAGGCAGACUUCAAGGAGCUAGCCAGCAUGCGCCGCGGCGCAAACCAGGAUAAGCGCUGGUUGAAUGCCGUUAGCGGAUCGCUCUCCAGGUUCAAGGAAGUUUUGGGCUGCAUGAACAAGGGCCGGGCGGCUUCAUUGCGCAGGCAUCCCGUGCUGGGAACCUGCAGCGACCUGCUGGUUUUGUCACCAGAUUGGUGA